AUGCUGUGGAGACUUUGGAAGAAUAGAAACGAGCUUCUCUUUAGAAGUAAGGACUAUGAAGCUCAAACAACAGUGGAAAAGGUGUGGGAGGAUGUGAAAGAAUGGAACAAGAGAGAUGAGGCAAAGAUACCAGUGGCCAAACCACCCAUAAUAGAGGAACCAGUGAAGAGAUGGACCGCACCACCCCCUCUAUGGACGAAAUGCAAUAGCGAUGGAUCCUGGAAUAAGGACACCGAGGAGGGGGGGGGAGCAGGAUGGAUACUACGAGACCAUCACAGAUCUCUACUGUGGGCUGGGGCGAAGAAGCUGAAUGGAUUGGGGUCGGCACUUGAGGCGGAAGCUGAAGCAUUGAGAUGGGCCAUAUACUCCAUGCGUGGAUUUGCAUACAGAAAUGUGAUUUUUGAAACAGAUUCACUAGUGCUGAAGAGAUUGAUUACAGGGGAAGAAGAGUUAUGGCCAAGAAUGCGACCCAUCAUCCAAGAAAUUCAGUCAUUAUUGGAGGGAGAUAGGGGGUUUCAGGUGGGUUUCUACCCAAGAAGUAGUAAUAAGGUUGCCGAUAGAAUAGCAAAGGAGACUGUUACGUUUACGUCCAUUGUCCAUAAACUGUAUUCUAUUAGGCAUGUUGGUUAA